GUAGUCAAAUAAAUAUAUGUAAGAUGUAAGGAUUGGAAAGAAAUAAAGGUAGAUCAACGUUACCGUAACCUACAAACAACAUUUUAGCCGGACAUUGCUUCUUCUGUCUCUAAUUUUCCCGUUUCUGAUAUAAUUCCCUCUUUAUUCUUGUCUCCUUUUUCUCCCUCUAUCUUCUUCAUUCUUCUAUCUGUCGAUGCUCUUCUCACAAAACCCUAACCUGAAAGAGCAGCGAAGAGAUGCAUAGAAAGUUCCGAAUCUGAUCGAUUGUUCAUGGCUCGAGAAUUCCAGGGCUGAAGGAGAGAGAGAGAGAGCCAGAGAGAGGAGGUUUGGUCUCUAGUUGAUGGUCUCAUGGGUGCCGCGGGCUCGAAACUCGAGAAAGCUCUUGGUGACCAAUUUCCUGAAGGCGAGAGGUACUUCGGACUCGAGAAUUUUGGCAACACUUGCUAUUGUAACAGCGUUUUACAGGCUCUUUAUUUUUGUGUUCCUUUCCGGGAACAGUUAUUAGAAUAUUAUGCAAAUAAUAAAAAUCAGGGUGAUGCAGAAGAGAAUCUUUUGACAUGCUUGGCAGACUUAUUCACACAGAUAAGUUCUCAGAAGAAGAAAACAGGUGUCAUUGCUCCAAAGCGUUUUGUACAGAGAGUGAAGAAACAAAAUGAGCUCUUCCGAAGCUACAUGCAUCAGGAUGCACAUGAAUUUUUGAACUUCUUGCUGAAUGAGCUGGUUGACAUACUGGAGAAAGAAUCCCGUGCUGCAAAAAGUUCUCCAGAAACUUCAUCACCAUCAGAAAAUACUGCAAAUGGGCCGAAAAGUGCACAUGCCAAUGGUGUUCAAAGGGAGCCCCUGGUUACUUGGGUUCACAAAAAUUUUCAGGGUAUACUGACAAAUGAGACAAGGUGCCUACGAUGUGAGACAGUAACGGCAAGGGAUGAAACAUUCCUAGACUUGAGUCUUGAUAUUGAACAGAACAGUUCAAUCACAAGUUGCCUUAAAAAUUUCAGUUCUACCGAGACUCUAAAUGCGGAGGACAAAUUCUUUUGUGACAAGUGCUGCAGUUUGCAGGAAGCCCAGAAGCGGAUGAAGAUAAAGAAACCACCACACAUCUUGGUUAUCCAUCUGAAGCGUUUCAAGUACAUUGAGCAACUUGGUCGGUACAAGAAACUCUCUUACCGUGUUGUGUUUCCAUUGGAACUGAAGCUGAGCAAUACAAUGGAAGAUGCAGACCUAGAAUAUUCAUUAUUUGCAGUUGUUGUCCAUGUUGGAAGCGGGCCAAACCAUGGACAUUAUGUAAGCCUGGUGAAGAGCCAUAACCACUGGCUGUUUUUCGAUGAUGAGAAUGUGGAGAUGAUAGAUGAGUCUGCCGUUCAAACAUUCUUUGGGUCAGCGCAGGAGUAUUCUAGUAACACAGACCAUGGGUACAUCCUGUUCUAUGAGAGCCAAGCUGCUGUUACUAGCAAGAGUUGAGGGGAAUUUUUUGUAUUGAGCCUUUUCAGUUCUGGGUAGUAUUUAUUUGCUAUCCUUUUUUAACUCCUUUUCUUGUUUUCUCAAAUUUUCUUUAUUUCCCCUUUGAUAUAACCUGUGGGAAGAGCUCUCUAAUAUCACUGAGAUGAGAUGAGAUGACAUGCCGAGGCAUAUUUAGGUGGUUUCCAUGUACAGUGAAUGGUGGAAGUACACUAUCCUUUGGUAUGUUGGACAAUAAGAAAAAAGGGAGUGUAAAUGAUGAGUUUCAUAGACACUUGUAUUCUUCAUUGUUGAGAAUAUUUAAUUUUUAAAAUAGAAUGCAAUGCAAUUGCAUUAGCCUGCCCUUUUCUCUUAUUAGAUAUUCAAUUUGGGAUAUGAAUAUGUUGGACAAUAAGAAAAAAGGGAGUGUAAAUGAUGAGUUUCAUAGACACUUGUAUUCUUCAUUGUUGAGAAUGUUUAAUUUUUAAAAUAGAAUGCAAUGCAAUUGCAUUAGCCUGCC